GCGCUCAGUGCUUGCCCAGACCCCGCGACCGUAGCAGCCCAGACCCGUACCGCGGCUCGCCAACAAUCCAACAACCCACAGCUCUCGUGAAUGCGCCUCCGACAUGCCGAGCAUGGGCCAGCCGUCGGCGAGACUCGUCCUCGCUGCGCUGCUGCUGCUAGGGCUCGGGGCCCGAGGGGCUGAGGCCAGCUGCGCCCGCGUGAACAACCCCGAGCUGGUCGAGUACAGCUGCGAGGGCGGCUCCGUCGAGGACCUGCUGCACGUGCCGGCCGAUGUGGAAAAACUCCGCAUCUCCGGCAUGCCGGUACGCCGACUCGGUGAGGCCCAACUGGCGCGCUUUUCCAAGCUGCUCGUGUUUGCCUGCUCCCACUGCCAGAUCGCCGAUGUCGAGGACGGCGCUUUCCGUCGACUGGAGGACCUGCAGCAGCUCAGCCUCGACAACAACCAGCUGACCGAGGUUCGGGCUGGGUGGCUCGAGGGCCUUGCUUACCUGACAUACCUCGACCUCAACUACAACAGCAUCGAGCGUAUCGAGCCCGAGGUUUUCCAGGGCGCCCCGGACCUGGUCGACCUGCGGCUCUCGGGCAACCGUUUGGUCUGCCUGGACCUCGAGGCGCUCUCGCGGCUGCGCGACCUCAAGCGCGUCUUUAUCAACGAGAACCCGACCUUCGCUUGCCCCAACGCCCUUAAGCGUUUUCUGAGCGAGCGACGCGUCGACUUCGAGGCUGACCCCCAGUGGGCGACCAUGAGCCAGGAUCGAGUGCGCGCCAGCGAGCCGCUGCAGCAGCUGCAGUCGUCGCCGUCCCCGAUGGUACCACCGACGUUCCACCCGAGGGGCCACUGGACGCCCGAGCCCCCCCGCUACGAGGAGGAGCCGACACCAGCGGCGAGGCCGCCCGUGUAUGCCCCGCCGCCCGAGAUGAUUCAGCCGUCGGUGCCCGAGCAGGACUUCCCUCUGCAGGGGCCGUUUUACACGCCCAAGGUCAGCCAGCAGCAGCUGGAGAAUUACCGCAACAGUCUGGCGGAGCAGGCGCAGAACGCGAGCGAGGCCGCGAAAAACCGGGGCCUGGACGCCCUGGCCAACGCCACCCUGGCCCCGAACGUCCUCCUGGCCGGGCACCAGCCGCAACACCCGGACGGCCCGAGCAGCACCGAGUGCCCAAAUGCUGCCACUCGUGCCCCGCUGAUGUCCCUCCUCCUCCUCCUUUGUGGAUUGGUCCUGCAAACCGCCGCUAACUAGACCGAGGAGGUCACGGUGCAAGGGACGAGGGAAGGUGCUUGUUGGGAGUCGAAUUAGCGCCGGUGAUGUGUCGAGUGUGUCUACUUUGUUUAGUACCCGAGUAUUUUGCAUCGACAUGUGCGAAAAGGGAAAGCGUGAGGGCGGUGACGGCGAGUCGCGCUUGUCGAUGUUUUUUUGAAUUGUCUCGUCGCAACGGGGUACUACGACCGUUGGCCGAAAAAUAAUGUUGUCGGAGCGCUCGCGCGUGUGUCAUAUUGCGUUUUGCGGUCUGGAACAUUUGGUGGAGCUGUUUUGGUUUUAGUGAGUUGUUGUUGCGGUGGGGAUUGUCGUUGGUUUCUGCAACUACGUGCCUCGUCACUUUAGGACUUUGGAAAUUGGCUGAUUUGCGGAGAGAAAAUGGUUUAUCGUUUGUUUUCUUAGACGAGCGUGUUCGGGACAAUUACUUGAUGUUUCCAUAACUAACAUGUAGGAAACAGUAUUGUAGUUGUAUUGUCGAAAGGUGUUCGAUCAGCCGAUUACAAUCUAACCGCAGAAGUGAUUGGAUGUAUUGCUCGAAUCGUAAUCAAUUGCAUUCACUGCCAUUUGGUAUUUGCAAAAUUUAUGAAUUAAAAACAUUCAGAAUUUUUGCUGUAUUUCUUAAACAAUUUAAACUGCAAGUCUCUCUUUUCAUUUGACUUUAUCAAACUUUACACGAGGUAAUACGAUUGACAUUAACAAACAAGUUUUUCUCACGCGCAACAAAUUUAGAAAGUCAAAAUUAUUUCAUCAAGUUAUUCUCGUCUAGGCAACAGUUUUAUUUGAGUAUGCCCUAAGUUUAGAAUUUGGCAUCGAUAUUCGGUGCAUUUUUUGGCUCCGAAAAACUCGAGCUCCGGCUAGACGCAAAAUUUUUUACCACAUAUUUUAAGAACACGCGUCAAACGCGGGCUUCUCACUACUGAUCGAUGUGACAGUGACGAACAGUUUCGUCCAAAUUUCUAAUCGUUAUUGCCAACUGUGCCCCGCAAAACAAAGUAGACCAAAAUAUCUCAUGUUUGAAAUGACGUUACCACUUAUCACUUUAGUUGUAAUCAGUCAGUUGUAUGUUUUGAAUGUUAGAUCUCUAUAAAUGUAAAACUGUAUCGUAACGACAGUAAUCAUGAGCUGCAACUUGUUCACGUGUAAAUUUGAAAUGACUAAUGACCCCGAGUCACGCAUCAAGUGCCUGUUACGAAACACAUGCACCUACACAUAUCUGUAUAAUAAA